CGCCGCAGCAGCAGCCCACCACCCCCAGCACUGCUCGCACCUGGAGGCUGCUCACGGGAGAGGCGGGCGGAAGGAGCCGAGGGGAGCCCCCAGCAGCCCAGCGUUUGGUGGCGCUCACGUCUGGGCAGGAACCGAGAGUCCCCACCUGCCUGGAGCAGCCCGGAGAUGCUGAGGCUGCGCUGGGAGUCGGCGCUGCUCCUGCUGGGGGUCGGGAGCCUCCUGGCCGCUAAAGUGAACAAACACAAGCCAUGGAUAGAAACUUCCUAUCACGGAGUCAUUACUGAAAACAAUGAUACUGUCAUUUUGGAUCCUCCUCUUGUUGCUUUGGAUAAGGAUGCUCCUGUUCCCUUUGCAGGCGAGAUCUGUGCUUUUAAAAUCCAUGGUCAGGAAAUGCCCUUUGAAGCUGUCGUGCUAAACAAGACAUCUGGAGAAGGUCGUCUCCGAGCAAAAAGUCCAAUUGACUGUGAACUGCAGAAGGAGUACACAUUCAUCAUCCAGGCAUACGACUGUGGAGCAGGACCUAGUGGAACAAACUGGAAGAAAUCUCACAAGGCAGUGGUCCAUAUCCAGGUGAAGGAUGUUAAUGAGUUCGCACCUACCUUCAAGGAGACCUCGUAUAAGGCCACAGUGACAGAGGGAAAGAUCUAUGACAGUAUAUUGCAGGUGGAAGCCAUAGAUGAGGACUGUUCUCCGCAGUACAGCCAGAUAUGCAAUUAUGAAAUUGUCACAACCGAUGUUCCUUUUGCCAUUGACAGAAACGGUAAUAUUAGAAACACGGAGAAGCUGAACUACGAUAAACAACACGUGUAUGAGAUAAUGGUAACUGCUUUUGACUGUGGGCAGAAACGUGCAACAGAAGAUGUCUUAGUACGAGUUGAUGUCAAACCAGUGUGCAAACCAGGCUGGCAAGACUGGAACAAGCGUAUUGAGUAUAAGCCUGGCUCUGGCAGCAUACCUUUGUUUCCCAGCAUUCAUCUGGAAACCUGUGAUGGACCUGUUUCCUCAAUCCAGACCACUAUUGAACUGCAAACCAAUUAUAUUGGAAAGGGCUGUGACCGAGAGACAUACUCUGAGAAAUCACUGCAAAAAUUAUGUGGAGCAUCCUCAGGUGCCAUUGACUUAUUACCGACUCCUAGUGCAGCAACUAACUGGACAGCUGGGCUUCUGAUAGACAACAAUGACAUGAUUUUUAAAUUUGAUGGAAAACAAGGAGCCAAAAUUCCUGAUGGAAUAGUACCAAAGAAUUUAACUGAUCAAUUCACUAUCACUAUGUGGAUGAAACAUGGACCUAGUCCAGGACUGAGAGCUGAAAAAGAAACCAUUCUUUGCAACUCUGACAAGACAGAAAUGAAUCGACACCAUUACGCACUUUAUGUGCACAACUGUCGUCUGGUGUUUCUGCUGCGUAAAGAUUUUGACCAGGCUGAUACGUUUCGCCCGGCAGAGUUCCACUGGAAGCUGGAUCAGAUUUGUGAUAAAGAAUGGCACUACUACGUCGUCAAUGUUGAGUUUCCUGUGGUUACCUUAUAUAUGGACGGCACGACAUAUGAGCCUUACCUUGUGACAAAUGAUUGGCCUAUUCAUCCAUCACACAUAGCCAUGCAGCUAACUGUUGGUGCUUGCUGGCAAGGAGGGGAAGUCGCUAAGCCCAGAUUUGCUCAGUAUUUCCAUGGCAGCCUUGCCAGCCUCACUAUCCGGCCAGGGAAAAUUGAGAGUCAGAAAGUGAUUUCCUGUUUGCAGGCCUGCAAGGAAGGUCUGGAUAUUAAUUCUCUUGAGAGUCUUGGCCAAGGAAUAAAGCAUCACUUCAACCCUUCCCAGUCAGUCCUUGUCAUGGAAGGAGAUGAUAUUGAGAAUAUAAAUCAAGCUCUCCAAAAGGUCUCAUAUAUCAACUCUAGACAGUUCCCUACCGCGGGCGUACGGCGUCUUAAAGUCUCAUCUAAAGUCCAGUGUUUUGGUGAAGAUGUCUGCAUUAACAUCCCAGAUAUAGAUGCCUAUGUAAUGGUGUUUCAGGCCAAUGAGCCCAAGAUCACAAUAAAUGGAAUGGACCACUUUGCUAGACCACCUACGCAAUUUGAAAGUGAAAGGGGAGUGACUCUGUUACCAGAUAUCAGAAUUGUCAGCACAGUCACCAAAGUGGAACAUUCUGUGGACUUUAAAGAAAAUGAUGGAGUCCAUAAGCCAGUUGUGUUAGAGGAAAUGGUUCACAACUUGGAUUUCUGUGACAUUUUGGUCAUUGGUGUGGAACUAGAUCCCAGACAGGAGUGUUUAGAACUGGAUCGUAAGGAGCUUCAAGGAAAACAUCUAGAUGCCACCAACUCCACAGCAGGGUAUUCUAUCUAUGGUGUGGACACAAUGAGAAACUAUGAACUGGUGCUUCAACAGGUUCGAUAUCGCAAUUGGCACACUUUCAACAUCUUUGAUAGAAAGUUCAGGAUCAAGUGCUCAGAGCUGAAUGGCCGAUACACCAGUAAUGACUUUAACUUGGAGGUUAAUAUCCUACACAACUCCAACUCUAAUUUUAUGGAGCAUGUAAAUCACAUGGUAAUACAGCCACAGUUUCUCCACUCUAUCCAUCACCCAGAGGAAAGCAUAAACAGCAUUCAUGGCUCAGUUGUUCCAAGCGUGGCUACUAUUGUUAUAAUAAUCUGUGUCAGCAUACUAGUCUUCAUCAUAGCCUUGGGCAUCUACAGAGUUCGGACUUCUCAUCAGCACAGCUCUACGGAAAAUGAAGGAAGUAAAGAAAAUGAAAUGGAUUGGGACGAUUCUGCUCUAACCAUUACUGUCAACCCCAUGGAGAAAUAUGAAGAGCCUCACCAUGUAGAAGAGGAAAGUGAGGAGGAGGUGGAAGAGGAGGAGGAAGAUACGACCAGUGAUGAAUCAGGUGAAAGUGAAGAAGAGGAGGAAGAGGAAGAGGAGGAGGAAGAAGAAAUUGGAAAUGAGGGAGUCAAACAGAAUGCCACUAGGCAACAGCAGUUGGAGUGGGAUGAUUCAACACUCCCUUACUAGAACCUGCCAGUCCCAUUGCUCCUUUUGUAAACACCAAUACAAUUUAUUUCUGAGUCAAGUUAAUCUCUGUCUAUGAAUUAACUGACAGGAUUUGAAUUUAUUGCCUAAAAUAGAUAUAGUUCUAUUGCCCAAAUUGAUAUAGUUGUAUCAGUUGCUAUUGAUAGAAUUGUCCCUUUCCUUACAAUGCCUUGUGAAAUACAGGGUACCAACUUUAAUGUCCUCUAUGGUAAUGACACUAGUCUGGAGCUUGGUCUGUCAAUUUAUUCCCUCAAUUUCCAGUUUCUGUUCCAAAUAAUCCAAUAAAAGUCCUGUCACUCAAUC